AUGGAUUUUACCUUUUCAGAACCACAAUCAACAUUACCAAGAAAAAAAGCAACAGCUACAGUAUUAUCACAGCCAACACUUGGAAGGCUACCUAAACCUAAUUACCAAAAUAUGGAAUAUAAUAAACUUAUUGGGAAAAACGAAGAAGAAGAUAUAGAGUUGGUUGCAAAACGAGCAACUGCAUAUGAUGCAUCAUCAGAAUAUAAAUCUGAAUUCGAGAAUAAAAACAAUAUUAGAAAAUCCAUUCGUUCACAAAGAGGAUCGAAAUCUGUAUUUUGUUUUUCAAUUAUCGUUGCUGUUCUUACCCUAAUAACUAUCACUAGUAUUGCAAUAUGGAUUAUGUUCAUUAAAAAGGCCGAAACAACAAAUAAUCCAACUACAGCUACAAUUGAUGCAUCGACAACAAAAACAACAAUUCGCAUAACGUCGACAACAAAAACUACAAUGGUUACAACAUCGACAACAGAAACAACAACGCUUACAAUGCCGAUAACAGGAAUAGCAAUGCUUACAACGUCGACUAAUUCUCAUACAACAACUAUGAAUGUAUCAAAAUUCAACAAAUGGAAACAAAAUGCCAUUACUGUGGCUGGCGGAAAUGGACAAGGACAACAAUUAAAUCAACUCACUUGGCCCGAAGGAAUCUUUAUUGAUGAAAACAAAAAUAUUUUCAUUGCUGAUUGUUUUAAUUAUCGUGUAGUUGAAUGGAAAUAUGAUGCAAAGGAAGGACAAAUCAUUGCAGAUGGAAAUGGGCAAGGAAAUCGAAUAAAUCAAUUAUACCGACCAACUGAUCUGAUUGUUGAUCAAAAAAAUCAUUCGGUCAUCAUUGUUGAUUAUGGGCACAGACGAGUGAUUCGAUGGAUGAAUCAAACGCAACAAGUUCUCAUUCACAAUAUUGACUGUCGUGGCUUGGCAAUGGAUAAAAGUGGAUUUCUUUAUGUUUCUGAUGUAGAGAAGAAUGAAGUGAGACGAUGGAAAAUGGGAGAAUAUAACAACGAAGGAAUUGUAGUGGCAGGUGGAAAUGGAAAAGGAAAUCAACUUAAUCAACUCAAUAGUCCUCGUUUUAUCUUUGUUGAUGAAGAACAAUCUGUUUAUGCAUCAGAUAGAGACAAUCAUCGUGUGAUGAAAUGGAGAAAAGAUGCCAAAGAAGGAACAGUUGUGGCUGGAGGAAAUGAUCAAGGAGAUAAUCUCAAUCAAUUAUCUUCGCCUGAAGGAAUAAUUAUUGAUGAUUUGGGUCAAAUCUAUGUGGCAGAUUCAGAUAAUAAUCGAGUAAUGUGUUGGCGUGCAGGAAAAGAAGAAGGUGAAAUUGUUGUUGGUGGAAAUGGUGGAGGAAGUCAAUCAAAUCAAUUGCAUAGUCCCAAUGGUUUGUCUUUUGAUGAUGAAGGAAAUCUUUAUAUUGCUGAUGAUUUGAAUCAUCGAAUUCAAAAAUUUGAAAUAAUUUUGUGA